UGGAGAGUACAAACAAAGUUUAUAUAAGACAGGUGGUGGACCAGGAAGUUCUGACUUUAAAAUGUCAGGCUAUAUGAAACGUAUUUUGGCUGUAGUUCGGAUUGGGAUGUCUGGCACUUGUUCUAAGUUUGAUUGCGAUUUUGAUUUACCUAACAGUAGUAAUAAGCUACUCACUGAAGACUCUAGCAGCAUUUCCUCUCAGGUCCCUAUUGUACCUACUGAAGUAAUAAGUAAUGAAGAUAUAGCAGCAGAGGAAAUAACUAUAGAUAAAGACAGUUCUGAUGCAGCUGAAAUUAUAAGCUUGAGCAGUUGGCAGACGUGGAAUCCACAGCAGUUGAGGCAGCCGAAAAGUAUCGAGUUGACAGUUCCUGAACCAAAUAAUACUGAUUUAGAAGACACGAAUGAACAGGUGACAAAAACUAUUGGAGUAACCCCAUGCUGCUCUAAUGAUGUCAAAAAAACGAGGAGGGUUAGUAAAGUGGAAUCCAUUGGUUCCAAAUUAAAAAAUAAAAGGGCAGUUCAUUUUGAAACACUUCAAGAGGAAUUACUGAAGAAAAAAAUUGCCCUUGUAGAGUUACAAACUCAGGUUCUGCAAGAAGAGAGGGAGCAGAAAAAAGGCCUGAUUGAGGCACAGAUCAAAAUAUUAAGGGAGGAAACAGAACAAAAAAAAAUAAAUAUUGCUGAAAAGCACAAGUUAGAAAUAGAUAUAUUGUUAGCUGAAUUAAAAAAUAAAAACUAA